UAUGUAAAUUCAUAACAAUAACAAUAUUUAUUUUCAGGUAUCGUGGGUUCGUCGUCGAGAUUGGCAUAUACUAAGCUCCGGUGUUUUUAUGUACACAAAUGAUGACAGAUUUCAUGUAAUGCAUGCAGACAACGCAGAUAAUUGGGAUUUACAGAUCAAAUAUGUACAAAAGAGAGAUGCUGGUUCAUAUGAAUGCCAGGUGGCGAUGGGAACAGGUAUUGCUUCGCAUUACUAUAACUUGGAUGUGAUCGUACCAACGGCUCGAAUUCUAGGAAGAGAAGAGUACCAUAUUGGCAAAGGAAGUACAAUAAAUCUAAUUUGUGUCAUUGAAAAUGGAUCCUCGUCAACAAGAAAUGUUGUCUGGGUUCAUAAUGGAAUUCCUAUAUAUAAUAUUCAAAAUAACAAGAAAGAUGAUCCCGGUCCAAUAACGGUAACUACUGAAGUCCUACAACCUGACAAUACCAUUCAGAGUAGGUUAUUUAUCCGAGGGGCAUCUCCGUCAGCUUUGGGAAAUUAUACAUGCACAGCGCCAUACACUGAACCAGACACGGUCAAUGUUUACGUGAGCGAAGAAGGAGACAAUAUUGCUGCGAUUCAGAGACACGGAACAUCAUCGAGUGCAUCCUGUGUUUUGACAAUAAACACUUUAUUCCCAAUGAUAGUUGUAUUACAGAGGAUUAUCAAAUUUGUUUGAACUGAAUAGUUUUGUACAUAAUCAUACUAAUAUGAUAUGGGACAAACAUCAUUUAUAAAAUAGCUGCGAAGUCAUACAAUAAUGAUGAAUUGUUUAUCACUACUCUUUUGCUGAAUUACAGUUUUUGAGUUAUCAUGAAUAUAUCUAUAUAAACAUAAGUGUUAAUUAAAUCUUCAUACAAUACAUUUUAGGAUUCACAUUUUUUUUUUUGUAAAUUAUAUUACAUUUUUCGUUUAAAAUGAAGUAUUUACUAAAUUUAAUGUUGUAGUGUACCAGAUAAAUGAGAAUAUAAAAGAAAAGGAUAAACAUGGUUCCGAAUGAAAUUAGAAUUUCUUUAACAUAAAUUAUCUUUCUAUAAUACUAAGAAUUUUGUUAUCCAAUUCACCUUAUAAAAUUAUAAUUGUGUUUUAAUUAGACAAAGCUAAAUAUUGUGAUUCCUAAAAUAAAUGUUUUUUUCUUUAUAUAUAUUAUUAAUCAUUAAUUUAUUAUUUACGUUGAAAUUAA